GUUCUAGGAAGUGGGCUGUCAUAGCAGGGGAUGCUACUUCAGCUCGUGCCUGUAGCUCUGUUUUAUCGCCUCGCGGGAGAACAGCUGGUCUCUGUGGUUUAAUGAAACGUUCAGGAAUUAAAAAGUCACUCGUGAGAGCCAGUGGCGUCGGAAGAACACGGAGGCUUUUGUGAUUUUUUUCUUUAAUACCCUCCAGUGAAGAAGAUUCAUAAGGUUGACCACAGAGCUGUGACUUUUCCUCGUGACCUCUGACACAAAGCAUAAUCAUGAGUGUCCACGAGUCAGACGUGCACACCAUCUCUCCAGAGAUGCCGGCGAUGUUUGAUGGGAUGAAGCUGGCGGCGGUGGCCACAAUCCUCUACAUCCUCGUCCGCUGUUUGAAUCUCAAGAGCCCGACCGCGCCGCCAGACCUCACCUACCAGGACACCACCCUCAAUCGCUUCUUACUCAAGUCCUGCCCCCAACUUUCCAAAGAGUACAUUCCUCCCUUGCUGUGGGGUAAAAGCGGGCACCUCCAAACGGCGCUGUACGGUAAACUUGGCCGGGUGAGCGCGCCGCACCCCAGUGGAAUCAGGAAGUAUCUACCCAUGCAGGACGGGGCCACAGCAACCUUUGACCUCUUUGAGCCCCUGGGGGAGCAUCUGACAGGAGAUGAAAUCACCAUGGUGAUAUGUCCUGGUAUCGGGAACCACAGCGAGAAGCACUACAUCCGCACCUUCGUGGAUUAUGCACAGAAGGAGGGUUACCGCUGCGCUGUGCUCAAUCACCUGGGUGCUCUGCCCACCAUCGAACUCACCUCUCCACGGAUUUUCACUUAUGGGUGCACGUGGGAGUUUGCAUCCAUGGUGGGCUACAUCAAGCGGGCAUAUCCUCACACUCAGCUGAUUGUCGUGGGCUUCAGUCUGGGCGGAAACAUCGUGUGCAAGUUCCUGGGGGAGAACAGGAAAAACCAGGAGCGCGUGCUGUGCUGCGUGAGCGUCUGUCAGGGCUACAGCGCUCUCAGGGCUCAGGAAACAUUCCUACAAUGGGAUCAGUUCAGACGCUUCUACAACUUUCUCAUGGCUGACAACAUGAAGAAAAUCAUCCUCUCACACAGACACAAGCUGUUUGGAGAAAGCUCCUUUAAGAUGCUGGACGCCGAUGUCAGUCGACUCUUCACGGCAACGUCCCUCAUGCAGAUUGACGACAACGUCAUGAGGAAGUUCCACGGCCACAGCUCGCUCAAAGAGUACUACGAGAAGGAGAGCUGUGUACAUUAUAUUCACAAUAUUAAUGUGCCGCUGCUGCUGGUAAACUCCGCAGAUGAUCCCCUGGUUCAUGAUUCACUUCUCAACAUCCCUCGAACACUAGCAGGAAAAAAGCAGAAUGUCAUCUUUGCGUUGACGCUCCACGGCGGCCACCUGGGCUUCUUCGAGGGGGACGUCCUCUUUCCCCAGCCCCUCACCUGGAUGGAUAAAGUGAUAGUGGGCUAUGCCAAUGCCAUGUGCCAGUGGGAGAGACAGAAACCACCGUGCCAAAGCGGCCCCUUGUCUGAGAACUCCUGCGUCGAGGCAAAAGUCUAGAACUAUCUUUGUUUAUGUAUUUACUUUUCCCUCAUCUCAUCCUCUCCAGCAGCACACUGCGAUAUGCAGACACUUUUUCUGUCCUCCGUCUUCUUCUCUGUGGUGCUAGUCACCGUUAUAGACCCACACUUUCCAAUUACAAGCCUUUUACCGCCUGUGGAGAUCACCGCCACCUUACAGUGUGCAACCAGACUAAAAGAAUCAACUGCCUUCAUGCUCCUCUCCAGUACCACGAGUCCGUCACUCUGCGUUUAGACGGCAGUGACGACCUGCUAACUGAGACCAAAUCAGACGAGAUUAUUUGGAGAUGGCAGAAAAUCGAGCACACAUGAAGCCUCCUGUCCUGAGGAGCUGAGGCCUUCUUCCUGUACUUACAUGAAGCUGAACACCUCCAAGGCCACACAGCCUAGUCUGCUGUUUUAACCAAAGCAGCAUAUUUGUAGUAUGUAUGUGCGUCACAGUGCUUCAGGUAUGCGUGUGUCAUCCAAGAGGUCACGACCCACCAAGGCACGCGUUGUCGUUGGGUUGAGUCUCUGUUCAUGGUCCUUUGACCUUUUUUAGUGUCUGUUUCGGAUGAAUUGUUGCCCUAUUGUUGGUGUAGAUUUCUAGAGAGAAAAAAAAAAAUGAAGUAUCACGGUGGGAUUUGAUACAUGAAAAUCACAACCCAGUUCUGCUCCUUUUGUUUAGCACUGGAAUGUGUUGGGUGCUUUGCAAACAUGAGCAGAGGAUCCAUGCACAUUCCCACCAGCUCGUCCUCCCACUUUAUUCAGUGCACUUUACACUAUCGUAUGCCACAAUCUCUUAGGUUCUCAUCAGUCCAAAACAGAUCUCUGAAAACUGUUGACUUUAGCGCAGAGAGGGGAAAAAGGAUGAUGACAAAAAGUUAGAUGACUCAAAUGUUUCCCUUGUUGUCUGUUAAGUGUCUUUAAGCCCUCUUACCUACUUCUGCCUUUGAUCAGCUGCAGGUUCAGCUCAGCAAGACUCUGAUAUCAUCCUUUUACAGCACAGACCUACCAUUCAGUCCUGUUUGUUUGGUGGUGUAAACAUCAAAACAGCCAGCAGGGGAUCCUGCCAUUUUUUUUUUUUGUCUGAAAAAGCAGAGAACGCAGUGUUAAGAUUUACCCAUGUGCUGCUACGAAAGGGGAAAUUUCAGCAGUUUAGGGGUCGUUCAAGCUGUGAGGUUUGAUGUGUAGGAGGGUUGAGGAUAACAAACUGAACCAAACUUAAAUCUCUAGUGAGAUUUUAGUUUUAUUUUCAGUGAUUGUACUGUUUUAGGACAAAAAAAAAAGCAUUUUUGUUUGAUAACCAAACGGCUUCUCCAUUUAUUAUUUUUUCCUCAGGUGUUGCAGCGAUGCAGCAUGAAUCUAUAAUCUGCAAUGAAAGAUUAUUACUGUUUUGUUGGAAUCAUACUGUAAUUCUGGGACCUAAAUACAUAAAUUGUCACUAGGAUCUUUAUAAAAGAGUCCAGCCAAGGAACCUGUGAUCUAAAUCCUGUUAUAGACACUGUGACCAGUCCAACAGCUGGUUUGACUUGCUAGAUGGAAUGACUGACUGACAACAGUGCCUUUUGUUAGGCUGUAAAGGCCAAGAAUUGUGUUGUAAUACCUGGGUGAUAGUAUUUUGCAUGUACACAUUUAAGGCAGUUGUGUUUUAGUCGCAACUUGACGAGGACAAAACAAGUUUGUUUUGUUUUGUUUUUCGCCUGAACAUGUUGUUUGACGCCUAAAAAAGGCUUUAUGGUUUUUUUUAUUCAAAAGUUUAAAAUUGGAUCUAUUUGGAUUUUUUUUUAAAAUCAAAAUUCAUAUUAUGUGUAAUGAAACCCAAGGGUGCUGUAAAGAAAAUAUCUGACAGAUUGACAACAUUUAUAAACCUUUAAAAGGGUUCCUUGCAAAUACUAUGAAUUCCAGGUAUUACUCCCACCAAUGCUGGUAGACUAAUGUGAAAAAGGGUUUUCACUGAUCCAACUUUUCCUUUUCCAACUCAGGGUUUCUGCCGAUACUGAACACCAAUCUGACUUGCACUGUCACUUAGUUUUUGUUCUCUUCAAACGAAAAGUAAUCUUGAAUGUUUGGACCUCCCUACAAUCAUUUCCAGUGAAACGGCUGGAAAUCGACAGCCUUCUGUGACUGAAGGGAUGAGUGUUUGAGUGGAAACCCUUCAUUUGUUUAAUGUGGAUCAGUGAUCAGACCGAUCCCCUUUCUAACACGAGGAGGGAGGGCUUGCUGCCGCCCUCCUUCUUUGCCUCCAACGGCACUGUUGCCAUCUGUUGUCAGGGAAACCAAAACACAAUUGCCAGAUGUCUGUGGAAAACGUUUUCUCAAAAAAACAGUCCGCAGCUCUGGUUUAGAAGAAAUCAGGUGUGGUUUGGGAUUCAAGAAUCAGAUCAGUGACACCAGCACUAACCCAGGUUUUGCAGUAUUGUAUUCAUUUUGGGAUUUUAUGCCUCUCCAACUUUGCACAAAAAUGCAGGAUUGGAUGUAUUAUUUGGAUGAAUUUUCUUUUCUAGUAAUAUAUAAUUUCUUUUUUGUAUUUUUGUAUGCUCACUUUUUGUGUUGUUAGCCUGUUCAAAUGCAGCAGAGGAUGAGUGUUGAGGCAUUCUGUCAAAUCAUCAGCAACCCUAACCUGUUUGCAAAGCAGAUAAUUAAAGAAGAACUGUGUAUUUUUGAGGGACCACGUCUUCAAAACAAAACAAGGCAAUAACCUGUUUUUUAUUGUUUUAAAAAGAUUUGGUUCAAGAUAUGUUAGACCAAAGUUUACCAGUAAAAUUUUUUUUCAUGAAUUGUGGGAUUUAAAAUAUUUAGUUGUAUUAAUUUAAGAUUGCUCUCCUGUGUACUUAUCCUAACUGCUACUGGUAUCAAUCAAGUUUGCGGGCUCACAUUUAGCUGUAAAGUCACCUCUCAAGUUAAUAUGCUGUAAAUAACCCAAAUAUAAAACUGCUUCAUGUUGAAUAGAUUCGGAAUAAGAAAUUAAAAAACUGUUUUUUUUUUUUAUUUGGAGAAAACAAUUGGAUGGGAACUCCUAGUGUUUUAUACAGCUUUAAUUUUGGUUUACAAACUUGAAAUGGAUGAAACACCAUCAAAGGACAUAAUACACUCAUAUACUGAACAUUGGGUGUUUUUUGUGAAUGAAAACUAUUGGUGUGUGUGAACUAAUGAUGUAAGGAAAAAUGGUUGUGUUCUAAAAUAAAUUAUUUUCUCAAAACAAA